UCCAAGUAUUAUACUUUCGGUUUCGAUGUUUCCUGUUAGAUAGUUUCUUUCGUUUUCGAAAGUAUGGCGACUGGUGGAAAAUCACAAACCGAUGCAUCAGAUGUUAUACACGAUUUUCCUUGCGUUCCGUGUUCUGAGGAAGGUAAGAAUACCGAAGCGUUUUAUGAGUGUGCCGACUGCCACACCUAUUACUGCCAAAGAUGUAUGGAAGGCCACAACAAGUUCAUCAAAAACCAUACCAUACUGGACAAGCGUGCGAUGAAAUCUGGAAGUAGUCAAAGACGACAGUCACCACAAGCUAAUCUGCCGGAAUACACAUGCGACGAGCAUCAUGGGGAAGUGAUAAAAAUGUUCUGCGGGCAUCAUGAUGUCGUGUGCUGUACUGUAUGCAUUGCUGUGAAACACAGGUCAUGUGAAGGAGUGGAAUAUAUACCGAAUAUCGCCAGAAGUAAAGUGACAGGUACAUCAAUACAGACAAGUAAGAGCAGGUUGGAGAAAGUAAAGACAGAUUUGCAAGACAUAAACAGCGAAAGGCUUCUGUUACUUCAAGAAAUGAAUCAGCAGGAGGACAACACAAUCGAAGAAAUUCAAAAAUUCAAGAAAAGUUUGGUUGACAGGGUUGAAGAGUUAGGGAGAUCUUCAGUUUCUGAGGUAAAAGCCGUGUACAAGAAAAUCAAGGAGGAUAUUUCCUGUGAUAUAGAAAACAUUAAUCAGAUGUUAGAAGGUGUAAGUCAUAGGCAAAAUAUAACUCUGACUGGUAAUGACGACGACGUCAAGUUAUUUGUGAAUGCAAAGCUCAUGGAAAUGGAAGCAAAGAAAGGCAACGAUUGCGUUAAUGCUAUUGUCAGAAAAGGAAAGGAAGCAGUGAAUUACAAAAUGAAUAAAAGCAUCAAGACAGGCCUGAAAGAUGUAAAAUUUCUUGCAGAGUUGAAAGUAUAUAAUAGCGCCCGAUCUGUGAAUAUACUCGACCUUUGUGAAACGUCUUCUCUUUCAUCGUUCACGGACUCGCUUCAAGCCGACCUUACAGUUAAUGAAAUAACGUCACAACGUAUCAAGCCGGCUCAACUUGAUGGCAAAUUACACACGAUUGUAGUCUGUGAACUGGAGAAGAGUGACGAGAGUUUACGUCCAAUUAGAAAAGAUCUCCAAAGCAAGACCAUACUUGUCCCACUGUGCAGAUACGAGAGCAUGUUUGAUAACGCAUCAAUAAACAGGCGAAGAGAAGAGAAAAUAAGACUAAAGGAACUUUGGAAGGAUUGUGCAGGAAUAGUUUUCGUGUCUUUUAGCGGUCUUUUAGUUGGAAAGGUUUCCUUCAACGACAACAGUAGGUCACGCGUGUGCCAGUCAGUGGCAGAAGCUUUGAACGUGAGAACAUGAUAGUAGCUGCUAUUAUCAAAACCUAAUAGAUUGGAACAAUUCAGUUUAUUGAGAAUUAUCAAACUAAAAGUUUUAAAGCUUGUGCUUAUGUUAUGCAUACCGACAUGACCAAAACAAUACAACAUCUUCCUCGAAGUAGGCAAAAAAGGAAAUUUUGUAAAAUUAAGAAAUGUUUUAUGAUUUGCAUCUGUACUCAAAAUCAUUUUGUAAUAAUAGUCAGGUAAAUGUUUGCAGCUACAAAAACACUAUAAAAUGCUGAAGAAAAAUGUACUGUCUGGAAUAGGCAACUCAUUAAUGUCUACAGUUACUGACAUUUUUUUUCAAUAGUUAUUUCUAUAGAACAUACAGUGUUACUAAGACUGGGUCUAGAAAUAUUGCUAGCAUGUGGCCACAUCUUACGCAGACGUCUUUCUAAUAUUCUCAUCCGUGUAUGUUCAGUAGACACGUACCUCUCUUCUUCAGUUUUCAGAAAGGUAGCCUAAAGUAUUGACAACUUAUACAUUUUAUUACGUUUUCAUUUGAUUAUUUUUUCAAAAGAACUAAAACAUUUCAAAAUUCUCCUUUCGCGGCAUUAUAAAAUAUUUUAUUAACGGCUUCCUGCGAAUUCUUUAGAUAUUAAGCAAUACAUUUUUCACGUGUGAAACCUGACUUUUGUAAAUACAAAAUCUUUAAACUGUGGUCAUUUUUGUUUUGCUUAGCAGCUUCAAGAACUUUAGCAUAAAUCUAGUUAUGCCCAAGCAUGUGAUCUCGUCGGUAUUUGCCUCUACAUAUGAAACAGCAGUGUUUCCUGUCAAAGCUAGGAUUACUAUCUCUUGUUUGUGUCAGUUUGUCAUUAUCGGUUUCAGUAAAUACUUUGCAUGGGCCAUCACUAGAUUUUAUGUCUGCAAUGCAAUUGGGAUAUACAAAAGUAGACCGGUAUGUAUCUGUUGUGAUAUCUGAUUUUUCAGUUUUCGUUGCAGACUUUAAUAAAAAUGUACUUGUGUCAUCAUCACAUAUUUGUCUAUAAACUUCGCUCAACGUUUCAAAGUUUUUAAUAUUUAGCGAUGUUUAUUUGUUUUUCUUUUCCAAACACCUUGAAACAAAAGCAGCAGGUAUUUUCAUAAAUGCUUUUUUUUUGUUUUGAUUUUAAGAAACCAUUCUUUAUAUUCUGGCAAUGUGAUAUUCCAAUCUUGAAAGAAAUUUCUAUUUAAAUAAAUACUUAAAUUGUAACUGUUUUUUUUCUCUCUAAAAAUUAAUUUCGUCCUUAUAACUUCACCUUUUUGUCAUCUAUACACUUUGUAAUGCUUAUACAUUUUACCACUUAGUGAAGCAAUCGUUUUUUUUUUUGACGUUUAUUAUUAUCAGUGAUGUGUGGCGUUCUACGCUAUGGUGCUUUCUGUGAAUGCCAAUAUUAGUUUGAUUAUAAAUUUUAUAUGUUCAUGCAUGAUUAUAAAUUUUAUAUGUUCAUGCAUUACUUAUUUAUUUGAUUAAGCAGUUGCUAUGAGUUUUUUCUACAUUCUAUUAUUUAGUAUUCAUUUGUUCCGUACACGGAAAUUUUAGAAACCUCUAGGAAACUUCCAGUAGCCUUUUUUCCAAAUAAGGUACAGUUAUAUGGUUAUGUUGUAAACAAAAGAUUUUUGUAGAAGAACUAAUCAUGAAUUGUAGUUACCAGAAAGUAUUAGAUAUUUUUAUUUUUAUAUAUAUUAAGGAAACAAAUUUUAUCUUGUUAUUUUUUAACUAUCAUCUUCGGAAUCAAAAAUUUUGGAACUAAAAUCAUUUACAGUCUCUAUAAAAGGAUUGCUACCAGAAUAUUGGAUUUAUUAAAGAAUUAUUCAGGGAAAAUUUUAUUUCAAGAUCUUAUGUGAAUUAUUUUGACAGUGAUAUAUCAUAUUAGUGCUCAUAUAGAGUUUUAUGUGGAUUAAACUUGAAGGAACAAAACCAAGAUCAGUGAAGUCUGGAUAUCACCUAUUUUAAGGACUUUGUUUCGGGUAUUCAUUCUACAUAAAUAAAUACAUUGUAUUUCUGUAAAUUUCAUUGGGUAUUAGAAGUUUGUCGCGUGCUUUUCUUUCUAGUUACGCCUGACUCAUGACAAUAUCUCGAGAAGUAUGCACUAUAUUUGUAUGAUGUAGUAAUAAAUCAAUGUAAUUGGG